AUGGAUCCUACAAUUGAUCAUAUCGAACGAUUACGUACAAUAUAUAGUAAAUUAAAAAAAGUUCGUUUUGGUGGUGUUGUAACAAGUCGUAAACCAAAAUAUGCUGAAGCAGCACUUGAUUUUCAAUCAUUAUCAAGACAAUUUCGUCAAGAAAAUUGUCUUGAAUAUGCUGGUCUUUGCUUAAUACAAGCAUCACGUUGUUUUUCUGAAUUAAAAUCUUCGACAAGUGAAUUACAAAUGUUACUUGAAGCAGCAUCAAUAUUUCUUGAAAUUGAAUUACAAUUACAUGAUACAAAUACAUUAUCAUAUCAUGAAAAUUUAUCAUUAGCAUUAUCAACAUAUCAGUUAGCACAAAAAAAUUUACGUGAACAAAAUGAACGUUAUUUAGGUGGUUUAAUAACAUUUCAAAUUGGUUUACAUUUAGAAAUGUUAGAAAAAUUUCAUGAAAGUGAACGUCUUUUUUCCAUGGCAUUAGAUUCAUUUCAAGAUUUAUUAUCAAUACAAAUAUCUAUAUAUCAACGUUUAAUUAAUAUACGUAUUGAUAAUGAAAAUUAUAAUUUAGCAUUACAAACAAUAACAAAUUUUAUUGAACGUUUAAUAAAAACAUCAAUAAAUGAUAUAAGUUAUCGACGUUUAUUAGCAUCAUAUGAUAUUUUACGUCUUUUUUUAUUACUUAUUUUACAACCACAUCCGCAACGUCUUCGUCCAGAUUAUGCUAAAACUUUAGAUGCAUAUACAUGGGAAUCAUAUGAAAAAUUAAAUAUUCCAAUGUCUUAUUUAGAUGAAACACUUUUUUAUUUAUUACAAUCAAUAACAUUAGCUGUACAAGCUAAAGAUUUAAAACAUAUUGAACAAUUAGAAUAUGAUUUAAAUCAACAAACACAAAUUAAUUCAAGACAUAUACAUUUAUUUCAUAAAUUAAAACAAAAAAUUUCAGGACAUUUUAUUGAUACAUUUAAAUUUGAUCAACAUACAUCAAUAUCAAAUGAUAUAACAGAUUAUCGAUAG